AUGGACCCGAGAGCAACGGUUUCUCUUCUUCUGGUGCUGCUUUUGGGCCUCUGUAAUGCUCACCAUGAUCAUGGUGCUGAUAAUAAGAUCUCAGCGGAUGCUUCACACAGGGAGGACUUUACCGCAACUAUUCUGAGGAUGAAUAAUGGAUCUAGUGAUUUCCUGCUGGAAGGAGAUGUGUUGAUUCCAAAAACCAGGAAUGCUAUGAAGUGCUUCAGUGAAACGUAUACGUGUCUAUGGCUCAAGUCUGCUAACGGGAUGGUGGAAAUCCCUUUCCUUAUCAGCUCCAAAUAUGACGACAGCGAAAGGAGUGCAAUUUUACGUGCCAUGAAGGAUUUUGAACGCAAAACAUGCAUUCGCUUCAUUCCACGUGCAGCUCAGAGAUCGUACUUAAGCAUCGAACCAAGAUAUGGCUGCUCCUCUUUGCUGGGUCGUAUUGGAGAUAAGCAGGUGGUGUCGCUGCAGAGGUUCGGCUGCAUAAAUCACGGCAUCAUCCAGCACGAGCUGCUGCACGCGCUGGGUUUCUACCACGAGCACAACCGCAGCGACCGCGACCAGCAUGUCAGGAUCGACUGGGACAACGUCAACGAAUAUUUUGUCUACAACUUCCAAAAGAAGAACACGAAUAAUCUCAACACUCCCUACGACUACUCCUCUGUGAUGCACUAUGGAAGAACUGCCUUUGGAAAGUAUGGAGCCGAGACCAUAAUCCCCAUCCCCGACUCGUCUGUUCCCAUCGGACAGAGAGAGAGACUGUCCGAAAUCGACAUUCUCAGGAUCAACAGGCUCUACAAGUGCUGGAGUUACACUGGAUAG